AUACGCAUGCCCGUCACAGACAUACACACACUGGUAGUGUGGUCAAGUCCCGGCGUUUUCUUCAAGUUUUACCCCAAAUCUUUAAUAUAUUCCGUUCCCAAUCAAAGGGUUUAAGUUCGUAGGAUGCUAUCAGUGUUCGGAGUUGUUCUGAGAUGAGAUUACGACCGAGUUUUGUGAUCAGGACCUCGACUGUUGUCGGAGUGUUCUUCUUCGUAGUCUGGAUAUUUUCUCGUGGUGUGGACGAAAAUGCGGUGGAAACAAAAGGCAGUGAGAACAGAAGAAACCACCCUCCAUGGCAGGAGAGAAGACAGGAGUGGGAGAAACAGUUUCAGGAGGACAAACUCUUCGUCCCAAACAGGGAAAAGGACAAUCAGAUUCCUCAGCUAAAGGUUCCUAACUUCAUCGGGGAGGAGGAUGAGGAUGAGGAACACCCGCGCCACGAGCACGUGAAGGGCGCGGGAAUCCCGCACGUGGACGGGCUGGAGGUGGACCUGAAGGCCGUGAGGGAGGGCAGGAAGAAGGAAGACAUCCGGCACGAGGACGAGGACGUCAAACAGCCGCAAGUCGGAGCUCCUAGAAGAGCAAGCUCUAUCCAGAGCCACAGUCUCAGCUUCCCUUAA